AUGGGCUCAGUCAGGUCGGCACAUUCGCAGAACGCCGUUCGUCUCCGCAGCGGUGACCAGUCGAGGACGGUCCAGGAGAAGCCUUCGCAGAAUUCGAUCUUGCCUACAAACUCCACCUCGUCCAAGCGAGGAUGGACUCUAUUUCGGGUGGACACAGCCGGGGAAAGCGGUCGUACCGGCAUACAUCCAUGGAAUAUGCUCAAGGUGUGCUUUAGGAGUGUUUGUACGCUGUCAAUGGUUGUGAAUAUCCUCUGGCCAUUUGUUCCCGCCGCAAUUGUCGUCCACUUUGCGCGACCCGAUCUUCAUGUCUGGGUCUUCAGUCUCAAUUACAUUGCCAUGGUGCCCUCGGCAAACUUGCUCGGCUUUGCAGGAGGAGAGCUAGCCCGGAAAUUGCCAAAGAUGUUAGGUAUUUUGGUUGAAACCACCUUGGGCGCCGUGGUGGAGAUCGUACUGUUUAUGGUUUUGCUGUAUAAACAUGGCCGGACUGAACAUGCGAACCUGAUCCCUGUCAUCCAAGCCGCUAUCUUGGGUUCCAUUUUGGCCAAUCUUCUACUUUGCUUGGGCAUGUGUUUCUUCGUGGGCGGCAUCAAGCGUUCAGAGCAGACCUUCCACGAAGCCGUCAGUGAAGUUGGUACCGGGCUGCUGCUUGUCGCAGGCUUUGGUCUUUUGAUUCCAAGCGCGUUCUACUCCGCGCUGCGCGGAAGCGUCAAUCAAGAGUUCACCCUGGAGCAAUUGGGUGAAUAUUCCUUGACGAUUAGCCGUGCCACUGCGGUGAUUCUCCUGGUAGCGUUCUUGAUAUACAUUUUCUUCAACCAGCACAGUCAUAGCUCGAUCUUCGACGAUAUCCUAGAGAAGGACGAACACCACGACGAAGACCGACACGAGGAAAUUGCGAGGGCGAAGCUCACAAUGUUAGAAUGCCUCCUGGCCGUUACGGUUGCCCUGACUUGCGUUUGCUUGUCCGCCGUGUUUCUGGUCGAGGAGAUCGAGCACAUUGUGGAGCGCGGCGUUUCAGACAACUUCCUCGGGUUGAUUCUUGUUCCUCUUGUGGAAAAAGCGGCCGAGCAUCUCACCGCCAUCGACGAAGCAUGGGACAAUCAGAUCAAUUUUGCGCUCUUCCACUGCUUGGCACCUUCGAUCCAAACGGCGUUGUUGAACGCACCGCUCACUGUCAUUGUUGGUUGGGGCAUGGGCAAGGAUAUGAGCUUGAACUUUGAGAUCUUCAUGAUUGUUCUCCUGGUGCUUUCCAUUCUGGUUGUUGGGAACUUCUUGCGUGAUGGCAAGUCUAAUUACCUUGAAGGUGCUCUCUGCGUGUUGGUUUAUAUCAUCGUGGCUGUUUGCACGUGGUAUUAUCCUCACGUGGAGGUGGCGUCGUCAAAUCAAUCCUGA